AUGGAGUCCAGUUGCCCGUCCGACAACACUGUAGACGUAGACCAAUCCAGUUUCUGGGGCGCUGGGAAUUUAAACUGGGACGAACAUCGAAUAGGAUGGGCAAUCGCGGGAGGAUGUACUGUGCUGACAGUUCUUAUUUCGAUGACUUCAGUCUUGCGGCAUUGCCGAAAUUAUACCAAACCCAGCGAACAGCGUCAAAUUCUACGAAUCUUGUACAUGCCACCAGUAUAUGCUAUUAUUUCAUUCUCUUCCUACAGAUUUUUCCGGACCUACUCAUAUUAUGUGCUCAUUGAAGUCGUAUAUGAGGCCAUCACCUUGAGCGCAUUCCUACUCCUUCUGGUUGAAUUCGUGGCAGCCACGUGCACAGGUCGCGAUGUCACAAAGGCAAUAGAACGAAAGGAAAAAAGGGAUUUACCAAAUCCUUUUUGCUGUUGGAGAUACCGACCAACAAAGCCUUACUUUAUGUAUACCCUCAAGUGGUCCGUUUUACAAUACGUCAUCAUCCGGCCAGCUGUGUCUAUCGCUGGUAUCAUCUGUCAAGUGCACAAUUUGCUUUGCGAGUCUACACUCUUCAGCUUAUAUUUCGCCAACAUCUAUCUCGAAACCUUGAAUUUUGCCAGCGUCAGUGUGGCAUCCUAUGGUCUUUCGUUAUUUCUCGAUUUGACCAAGGAGGAACUGCUUGGACGACGGCCACGGGCUAAAUUUCUCUCCAUCAAGCUCAUCAUGAUGUUCACCUUUUAUCAGUCAUGUGUUUUCAGCGUGCUAGAAAACCGUGUUAUCAAACCCACCGAAUUUUGGACUGUGGACAAUAUUGUAGAUGGUUUAAAUGCGCUGGCCAUUUGUAUUGAGAUGGUUUUCUUUUCAGUAUUGAUGAUGUGGGCUUAUACAGUAAAUGAGUAUAAAGUGGCAGAGGACAAGAAAACAAGCAUAUGGCGUCCAUUAUGGGACAGCGUCAACUACUGGGAUUUUAUCUCAGAGUUAGGGGGAUCAUUCAAAUUCUUCUUUAACCGUGCCUGUGGCACCUCGUCAAUACACCCAAGUAGGAAGAUCGAUUUUGCACAGGCAUUUGGGGUUGGCGGUAGGUCAAUGGCAGGUGACGAUGAGUUACCAACCAAGGAAUCAAUAAGGCUAGCCCCAUACCCCUUUAGUGACACUCACAACGCUGCUGCCACCAGUCCCAUGUUGUCAUGA